AUGAGUGGACAAAAAUCCAAUUCAACUGUUCUAAAAUCAACAGCUAAUGCUGCUUCAAGUAUAGCAACACUAUCGGGUGCUAUACCACCAAGACGCCGUGAAACUUAUCGUGAAAUGAAAGAUUAUACAACAGCAUUAACAUAUUAUCAAAAAGGAUUAAAAAUACGUGAAGAAAAACUGGCAAAAAAUCAUCCUGAUUUAGCUGUAAUAUAUCAUAAUAUGUCGAAAUUAUAUUUCUCAACUCAAAAAUAUAGUAUGGCAAAGAAAUAUGUUCAACAAGCAGUUGAAAUUGGACAAGAGAAAUUAUCAUCAACUCAUCCACAUCUCGUAGAAUAUAGAGAAACAUUUGAAAAGACUCGAAAGAAACAGUAA